AUGGAAGAAGGGGCCCAGAGAGGCGUCACCGCAGCAUUUCCCCCGCCGCCACCGUUUUGGAGACACUUUAGCCGGGCCAACUUGAACAAGCUUGAGGAUGCGAAGCGUGCAGCGCGGCCAGAUGACGACGACGAGAAGAGGGCGACGAGCAAGGACUGGACACCAGCCGAGCUUCAGGCGCUAGAUGUGGCGCCGGAGCUGAAAUAUUUGAUACCGCCAGAGCCGCCCACAACGGACUAUGUGCUCUUUGGCGAGACGCAGCAGCUCUCCCCGAAUCCCCCUUCGUUGGGUGACCAGGGAAUAACUCAACUUUAUCCGUCAUCCUCGGCCACGUCUGGACACGCCUAUCAUCUUACCAAAAUCACCAAGUCACUACUGCUAAAUUUCCUCGAGCUUACUGGAAUUCUUUCCAUUGCGCCGGAACACGCUGAAGAAAAGCUACAGAUGAUUCGCACGUUAUUUAUCAAUGCAUACCACCUAUUGAAUUUGUACCGGCCCCACCAGGCACGGGAGUCGUUGAGCGAACUGAUCGAGAGACGCAUCGAGAUGGCCAGGGAAGACGUGAAGCAGAUGGAGGAGAUAGAAGGUAGAGUUGCUGGCUGGCUUGAGAUGAUGUCGAAGAGUGACAAGGUAGAGGAAGCCAACGAUGACAAGAUGCAAAUCGAAAAAGAGGGAGAAGAUGACCAGAAGAAAAACCGUAAGCGGGUCUCAGAACACGAUAGAGAGAUUGAGGACGCGCGGGUAAUGUGGAGGCUUCUGGAUGAGAUCGAAGAAGCUGGAUGA